ACUGAGUGUGGGGCCAUGGAGAAAGCUCGGCCACAGUGGGGCAACUCAUUGCAGUUCUUGCUCGCCUGCAUCUCCUACGCCGUGAGCCUGGGUAACAUGUGGCGCUUCCCCUACCUGUGCCAGAUGUACGGCGGAGGUGAGUUUUCCUGGUCCUAUCUCGUCAUGCUCAUCGUGGAGGGAAUGCCACUCUUGUACCUGGAGCUGGCCGUGGGGCAACGCAUGAGGCAGGGCAGCAUCGGAGCCUGGAGGGCCAUUAGCCCCUACCUCGGUGGUGUAGGUAUUGCUAGCAUGAUGGUCUCCUUCUUCCUCUCCAUCUACUACAAUGUCAUCAAUGCCUGGGGCUUCUGGUACCUCUUCCACUCCUUCCAGGAUCCCCUGCCAUGGUCUGUCUGCCCAUUGAAUGGAAACCACACAGGCUAUGAUGAGGAGUGCGAGAAGGCUUCAUCAACACAGUACUUCUGGUACAGGAAAACGCUCAACAUCUCACCAUCCAUCCAGGAGAAUGGAAGCGUGCAGUGGGAGCCGGCGCUGUGCCUCACCCUGGCUUGGUUGAUGGUGUACCUGUGCAUCCUGCGGGGUACCGAAUCUACUGGCAAGGUGGUCUAUUUCACUGCAUCGCUGCCCUCUUGCGUGCUGGUCAUCUACCUUGUCAGGGGCCUCAUGCUCCAUGGAGCCAUCAAUGGCGUGGUGUACAUGUUCACACCCAAGAUUGAGCAGCUGGCCAACCCCAAGGCCUGGAUCAAUGCAGCCACACAGGUCUUUUUUGCACUGGGCCUGGGGUUUGGAAGCCUCAUCGCCUUCGCCAGCUACAAUGAGCCCUCCAACAACUGCCAGAAGCAUGCCAUCAUUGUGUCCCUUGUCAACAGCUCCACCUCCAUCUUUGCCAGCAUCGUGACCUUCUCUAUCUAUGGCUUCAAGGCCACCUUCAACUAUGAAAACUGCUUAAACAAGGUGAUUCUGCUGCUGACCAACUCUUUUGACCUUGAAGAUGGCUUUCUGACAGCCAGCAACCUGGAGGAGGUGAAGGGCUACCUAGCGUCCACCUACCCGGGCAAAUACGGCGAGGUGCUCCCACACAUUAAAAACUGCAGCUUGGAAUCUGAGCUGGACACGGCCGUCCAGGGCACGGGGGCCAUUAAAAACAUGGAGGUGUCCCAGCUGUGGUCGGUGCUCUACUUCUUCAUGCUGCUGCUGCUGGGGAUGGGGAGCAUGCUGGGGAACACGGCAGCCAUCCUCACCCCUCUGACUGACAGCAAGGUCAUUUCCAGCCACCUGCCCAAGGAGGCCAUCUCAGGUCUGGUGUGCCUCAUCAACUGCACCAUCGGCAUGGUGUUCACCUUGGAGACCGGGAGCUACUGGUUUGAUGUAUUCAACGACUACGCAGCCACGCUGUCCCUGCUGUUCAUCGUCCUGGUGGAGGCAAUUGCCGUGUGUUACGUGUAUGGGCUGAAGAGAUUUGAAGGUGACCUUCAGGCCAUGACUGGCCGCACCCUCAACUGGUACUGGAAGGCCAUGUGGGCCUGUGUGAGUCCACUGCUUAUCAUCGGCCUCUUUGUCUUCUACCUGAGCAACUACAUCGUCACGGGAACCCUGCAGUACCAAGCAUGGGAUACCUCCCAGGGACAGCUGGUGACCAAGGAUUACCCCACAUAUGCACUAGCUGUCAUUGGAUUGCUCCCGGCCUCCUCUACCAUGUGCAUCCCCCUCGUGGCCCUGGGGACUUUCAUCAUGCACCGCCUCAAGAAGUGA